AUGUCCGCCACGCAUAGAGCUCGUUCCUCUGCCAUGCGAUGCCGCGUUGCGCCUCCGUGGCCACUGCGCCGCGCCGAUGCAGCAGCGCGGCUUCUCCUUUGCGCGGCGCUCGCGCUCACUGCCACCGCCGAUUGCUCCUUCUCUUCCGCCAACCACCCACCGCCACGGCCACAAGCCCCGCGUCGCCCAAAUCAGCGCGUGCCGCCGUCUCCCCUUCCUCGCCGGCCCACCCGCGCCCAGCGCGCGCUCCUCAAGCUCAACGCCGCCACCGCCGCCGCGGCCGCCGAUUUCGAGGCGACUGACAGCGGCGAUCAUGCCGCGGCAAGGCCCGUGUCUCUGGAGGCGUCGCAACUGAGCGCGGUGGUGCAGGUGCAGCAGGCGUGGGGCGCGUGGGCGGGCAACAGCAACGCCACCACUGCUUGCUCUGCGUGGCCUGGCGUCACGUGCAGCCCUGACGGACUAAUCGUCGCAUUGGAUUCAAAGGCCGUAUCGGUGGAUGGCAGCACUGCCAUGCCUGACUCCAUCACCAAUCUCUCCGCUCUCCAAUAUCUCGAUCUGACAAACGAUCAGCUGGCGGGGCCCAUCCCAUCCCUCGCGAGCCUCACCGCCCUCACCCUCCUAGCCAUGGGAGCAGACGGCAGCCAGCUCAGUGGCACUCUCGAGGGACUGACUUGGCUCUCCUCCCUCUCCAACCUUCACACACUGAAGCUUGUUGGCUUGGCGGACUUCACAGGGGACUUGUCCUCUCUGCACGUUCUCUCUCACAUGGGAAAACUUCAAAGCCUGACACUCAGCUCUUUCACCAAUGCCACGGGGGAGAUACCCAGGGAGAUCCGAUACCUCACGGCCCUCACUGCACUCGAUUUGUCAUACCUCCGGGCCUUGGAGUUCCCUGACUGGGUGACUCACCUCGCCUCCCUUCAGCGUCUCAACGUGAACGCGGACGAGCCGCGGCGGCAGGGGUUGUUGUCGGAUGACAUAUCGCACCUCACAGCGCUCACCUCCCUAUCCCUCACUGGAAACAAUCUGGAGGGCUACGUGCCUAAGUCCUGCUCCUCUCUCCUCAACCUGCAAUACCU